AGUGCUCCUGCAUCUUGGGUCCCAGCAGCAUCUCCCGACCCAGCCAGCAUGAGCCACAGCAGCUCCUUGGGCUCCGGGAGUCCGGAAUGUCCCUGCAACUCCUCACCUCCAGAGGGAACUGCCAGUCAUCGCCCAGAAGUCCCUGAUACCUGGGAACAGCUGAACCACUACCGGAAUGUGACUGAAAAUGUUCAAAGUGAGCUUGCAGCAAUGCUGGUCAAAUUUGAAUGUGCUCAGUCCGAGCUUCGAGAACUCCGCUCCAAGAUGCUUUCUAAAGAAGCUUGCUGUCAGGAGCUGAAGGUGGAAAUGGAGAGCUAUAAAGAAAGCAGUGCCAGAAAGUCAGCUCUCCUCACGUCUCUGAGGGGCAGGAUGGAGGAGCUCCAGGAGGAAUCAGCAGCGGUUUCAGCUUCUAAAAGCAGAGCAGAGGCCUCUGUUCACGCCAUGAUGAAGGAGAACCAGGAACUAAUGAAGAAAGUUCUAGAACUGGAUGAGAAAUUACAAAACUGUUCAAAGGAAAAUGAGGAGUCUAAGAAACAAGGCUCAGAGCACCUCCGGAGGCACGAGGAAUUUCGGGCUCAGCUUCAUGAUUGCUUGAGUCUAGACAAGAAGCAUGAAGAGGCAUCGGAUGAAGAUUUAAUUUUAAAGCUUAGAGAGCUGUACAAGGAGCCCACAUUCCUGAAAGGACAGCUCGCUACUCUUGAAGAGACUGUAACUGUCCAUGAGAUGGAGGCAAAGGCUAACAGAGAAACUAUCAGGAGGCUGGCAGCCGAAGUCAGCAGGGAGCAGACAAAAGCUGCCUCCUGGGCAGAGGAGAAAGACAAGCUGAAUCAGGACUUGCUCAGUGCUGUGGAGGGGAGAACAGCUCUAGAAAGGGAAGUGAAGCUCUACCAAGAACGGCUGCUUGCAUCUCAGCGAGCCUGGGAUGCCUCGAAGCAGGAGCUGACCCAGCUGAGGAAACGCUGCCAGGAGCUGGAUGUGAGCUUGAAGGCCAGCAGGGAGGCCACCACAGCCUCGCAGAGCCGGAACUCCUGCUUCAGGGAGAAACUCACAGCUCUUCUUUGCAGCAGAUUCGACACAGCUGAAUCCACAGAGGAUGCCAUAUUGGAGAGGAUUCGAGAGCUAGGCAUUGAGGAGGAGAGCCAGAGAAGGAUGGCCUCUCAGCUUGAAGCCCAGAUCUCUGAGUUUGUUGGGAAGUUGGGAAAUGAAUCUGAGUCUCACCAGAAAGCCCUACAGAGGGCCCAUGUGGCAGAAAAGAAGUUGGAGGCUCUUCAGAGUCAGCUGAGUCACCUGGAGGGAGAGCUGCUUUCUGGAGACGUCGUGAGAGACAACUUGUUUCUAGAGAAGCAAAAAUAUCUGAAGUUUCUGGACCAGCUGACAGAGAAAAUGAAGUUGGGCCACGUAGCUGCUGACCUUGGCUUUGACGUGUGUCUGGAUGUAGUUCUAGCUCGCAUAGAGCAGUUAGUUCGCCUUGAAAGCAAUGCUGUCAUUGAAAACAAGACCAUGGCUCACAACUUACAGAGGAAGCUAAAGACUCAGAAAGAAAGACUGGAGAGCAAAGAAGUUCAUAUGAACCUCCUUCGGCAGAAAAUUGCCCAGCUGCAGCAGGAGAAAGAGGCGCGCUCAGCCUUGGCUGUGGAGAGGGACGAAGCCCAUCUUGCCAUGAGGAAGCUGGAGAAGAAGCUGGAGAGGAUGCAGAAGGAGUUGAGUGCGUGUCAGGAGCACAACACUGAGCUCAAAGCCAAACUGGCAGACACCAAUGAACUCAAGAUUAAAACCUUGGAACAGACCAAAGCCAUUGAAGAUUUAAAUCAAUCCCGAGACGAGCUGGAGAAGAUGAAGGAGAAUGCAGAGAAAAAGCUCAUGUUGGUCAUGUCUGAGCUGGAAAACACAGAGCAGGAGGCUCGAGCACACCAGGAAAGAAGCAGAGCCAUGAUAGAGUUGGCCAGCCUUGAACUGAAGACCCUGAGGAAGUCUUUGGAUGAAGCGGAGAGGAGAGGAAUGCAGCUGGCAGACUUCAGAGAGGUGGUUUCCAGUAUGCUGGGCUUGAACAUGACCUCUCACGAUCCUCCCGACUAUGAGAUCAUCAAGUGUCUGGAAAGACUGCUCCAUUCACACCGCCACCACCACCACCACCACUUUGUUCCCUGUGCCUGCCUCCAAGACAUGGCUGCUGAGCAAGGCAGCUGCUCACACUGCCGUGUGGAAAUUCCGCAUUGAUCACUUGCCUCCCUGAGGGAGGAACUAAGGGAGGGGGUACGAUUCUCCAGUUGUGCAGUUCAUACAUUCCUCAUAUUUUUGAAAUUCAGCCAUAGUGUGUGACUAAUAUAUUCUCUGAUGACUUACUAAGAAUAUAUCACCUGUGAAAAGAUCUCCCAAAGUGCCAUCCCUAGGGCCAGAGAAAGUAAAGGCACUUGCUGCCAAGCCUGGCAACCCGAGUUCUGUCCUUGGGACACACAUGGUAGAAGGAAGAGAAGUGACUUUUGCAAGCUGUCCUCUGACCUAUACACAUGCUUUGUAACUUAAGUGUUUACACACACACACACACACACACACACACACACACACACACACACACACAGAGUAAGUGAAUGUAAAAAAAAAAAAGGCCAGUCCUAGAUAAAUAUUCAGCACUAAAACCACCUAUUACUUAAUUAGUUAGCACAUUGAGACCUACAGGAAUCCCUAGAUUCAUGCCUACAUUGGGACAUAUGUGCACAGAGUUCAGAAAAGCAGAGCAUCUUAGCUAGAGUAUUACUGAUGAGUUUAAAUCUUAAGAUACCAUGCGCAGAAGUUUUCUGAAAAUAUUACUUAAAAUUAUUUUAUAUUUAGGUGUGUGUGUGCGCGUACGCGCAGGGGCCAGCAGACACCAUAGAGAGAGUGAGAUUCUUUGGCAUUAGAGUUACAGGCACUUGAUGUGCUUGCUGGGAACGGAACUUAGGUCCCCUGAAAGAGUAGCAAGUGCAGUUAACCAUCUCUCCAGCCCCACAAAACCUGUCUGUCUGUCUGUCUGUCUGUCUGUCUACAUACAAUUUGAUACAUAGUAUCUGGACCUGUUUAUAGAUUUCUGAGUGGCCUUCCAAUCCACACAUACAAGGUGUAACUAUGAGAUCACGGUAACAUGGUAGAGUCUUAAAACAUUUAUUUACAUGCUUUCCAGAGCCCAGAAACAAUUGAACUAACUCAAUGCAUGAGUUGUGCAUGGUUAGUAGUGGAGCCAGGAUGUACAAGAUAGAGGCUGUACCACUUGUAACCCACAGUUUCAGAUUCAACUUGGUUUUGAGGCUGAUAGGACUUGCUGGAAUGAAGGAAGGAAGGAAGGCAACUCUACGAUCAGGAGGAGACUUCUAAAGGCAGCAGAGUUUAAAAAGUGACUCAUUUGAAUAGCCCUCACAUAGGACUGAGGCACGGUAAGAAAUGUGUAUGCAUUUAUUUAUUUAUUAUUAUUUUUUUUGUUCUUCGAGACAGGGUUUCUCUGUGUAGUCCUGGCUGUCCUGGAACUCACUGUGUAGGCCUCAGGCUGGCCUCAGAAAUCUACCUGCCUCUGUCUCCCAAGUGCUGGGAUUAAAGGCAUGCGCCACCACUGCCUGGCGUGUAUGCUUUUAUUACUGCUCCAAAUGGCAGCUUUGAAAGUGUGAACAGGGCUAACCGCAGUUCUUUAAAAUCAAAAUCUCUCACCCAAGCCUAGGUUGAUAGGAUGGAUAAAUCCUCUUAAGUUUCAUUCACUAUAUUAGUCAGGGUUUUACUGCUGUGAACAGAUACCAUGACCAAGGCAAAUCUUAUAAAAACAACAUUUAAUUGGGGCUGGCUUACAGGUUCAGAGGUUCAGUCCUUUAUCAUCAAGGUGGGAGCAUGGCAGCAUCCAGGCAGGCAUGGCACUGGUGCAGGCAGAGCUGAGAGUUGUACCUCUUCAUCCAAAGGCUGCUAGUGGAAGACUGACUUCCAGGCACCUAGGGUGAGAGUAUUAUGCCCACAUCCACAGGAAUACACCUACUCCAACCAGGUCACACCUAUUCCAACAAGGCCAUACCUCCAAAUGGUGCCACGCCCUGGUCCAAGAAUAUACAAACCAUCACAUUCACCAAUGUAUAAAAUACUCUUAACAGUGAAGGAACAUUUUCAUGGUCUUGAUUCUAUCAUAAAUAAAUUCCUCUCAUCUUUCAAAACUUCCGUUGGAUAAAUAUAUCGUAAAAAACCAUAUUCUUAGCAUUACUGACAAUGUUUUCUAUUGGAUAGUUUAUCUUCUUUUAAAUAUAUGAAAUAUAAACCUAUAAAUUGUCUCUGAUUGUUGUGUAUACGUGUGUGAGAGAGCAAGAGCUACAACUGUAGAGUGGGGUAUGCACACGUUUGUGCAGGUGCUGUGCCUUUGUAUGUGUAUAAAAGGCCACCAAAGGACAUCAGGUUCACCCUCUAUCCCUUUCCACCUUAUUUCCUUGGGGUAGAGUCUGCCAUUGAACCUGGAGAUAGGCUGGCAGCUACUGAACUCUGCCAUCCUCCUGUCUCCCGGGGCGGAGUGACUGAUCCAGCUGGAAUCUGAAUUCAGGUCUUUAUGCAAGAGUCAUCUCUCCAGUCCCAGCUUGUAUCUUUAUGUGUCCGAUUAACCAACCAACCAAACAAACAAACAAAACCACAAACAGCUCUAGUGCCUUACAACAUUAAGAGAAAAUGAGAAAUUAUACAGCUAACUCUUGUCUCACAGCCAUGAACAAGGCACAAGCUGAUUCAAGACUACACACGAUAAAGGAGCCAUAGCAACCCAUUGCAAAGCUUGGAAAGAUAUACUAGUUUGUGACAAAAGGCAUAAGAAUAUUCUUGCAAUAACUUGAGUAAAUGGCUCAUCCAAUAUAUUUUUAAAGUUAUACUGCUUCCUUCAGUCACGGGGGUGUACACAUGGAAUCUCAGCCCUCAGGGCACUGAGCCAAGAGGAUUGAGUUUGAAGUCACUUGGGGCCACAUCGUGAGUUUCGGGCAAGCCUAGACUACAGAGUGAAACUCAAUCUCAAACCAUGCUAACAACCAAACAACCAACUUGUUAACUUAUUAGCCAUUCCUCCUGCAACCCUUAACAAAACAAAUAACCAUAUUAGGUUAGCUUUUACCUCCUUUUGCCGGACUGUAUGUGUCUAAAGGAAUAAGUGUAUUGUGUUUUUUUCCUUUUGAUUGGUCAUGAAUUACCUAUUAGGGUUCAUGUAAGAGACUAAUAAUAACUCAUAGUAGUUAUCUCUGUGCUUAAUCAUGUGAAAUUUCAUUUUGUUUAUCCACAUAUAUGGCUCGUGUUUAAAUAACAAUUCUUGAUACAUAUAUUAAUAUUCCAAAUAUGUAACCUAGAGAUGUCCAGUGAAAGGAUAUGUGGCAUGAGCGUAAAUAAAUUCUGUGCCUGCAGAUAGUUCACGCACACUGUAACAGUUUGUUAUUUGGGCAAACUGAAAAUGUGUUAGCAUAAAGCCCUGUCCUUCAUGUCAAAAUGCCAGUUGGUUGCUGGCCUUUCCUUUGUGCACAAAUUCCAGAGUUGGCAGGGCUAGCUUCACAUUUCUGUACUAUGUUUUGUUUUUCUAUAAUAUCCAUGUAUAUUUUAUAUCAUGCAAUAAAAUGCAUUUGAUGAACGUGA